AUGGGUAAUCAAAACGACAGCUACUGUACGGUAAGAACUGUCAACCAAUCAAACAUAGCGCACAUAUUGGGGGCACAGAUUGUGGCUCCUGUAAGCCAGACUUCAAUGUCAACUGCCGGACCCUCGGCUAAAGUUCUUACCUUUGAUAGUACUUUAAGUCCUUUGGUUUACGAAAAUAAUUUUGAAACUGAUUUCACUGGCUUUGACAUUGAGAACCGACUACAAGAGGAAGGGCAGGGAAUAGAGAAUAUAACUGCAAAUCAACAAAUACCCGGACAAUCAUCACAACCAUCGACAUCGACGACAGUCGAGUCAUAUGAAAGGCCACUUGUAUUACAAUCUAAUGCCAGAAAUAACACCCAAAUUCAUCAAAGAGGAGAUUUAGACGAUAAUGCUAUCGAUGAUAUAAUUCAUACAAUUGUUAAUAAAAUGAAUCAUGGACUUAUUGCGCCUAAUGGCGACGAUCCAUUAUUAGGCAAAUUGAAAAAAAUUCUUGAGGUUGAAAAUUUGGAAAGACAAAUGAUUACAAAGAUUAGGGACGAGUUGAAGCAGCAAGGUAGAUUAGAACAAUUCUUGAAUAAUACUGGACUGCACCGGGAGGCUGUUAUGAUAGCCAAUAUGUUUCUAAUGGACGACCCCUGGAAAUAUGGAACGGCUAUUGAAUUAAAAGUAGUAAACGCAUCGAUACUGAGAUCAGGAAAUUCGCGAUACUUUAAAAUGGAUUCCCGGCCCAGAGGUCGGGCCAUAGUGUUUGUGACCACUGAUGGUCUGAAGGAUGAGGUGCACCGAUGGAAGUCUAUCUUUAAACAGUUAGACUUCAAAUGCGAUACAUAUCGGGACGUCACCUGUUCUCAGAUAAGAACUGUAAUGAUGGGUAUGUCUGGUCAGCGGUUUAAUGCCGACGCACUCAUUGUGAUGGUUACCGGUGGCGGGAAUGGCGGCAAGAUUUAUGGGUUUGGCGAGGGAUCUGACAAUGAGAUGUCGUUUACGGAAAUUGUGGACUCGUUUUCCGAUAUGAAU